UCACCACAUGCACUACUACAGUACGGGCUGCUAAUCAUAUUAGGCCUUCUGCAUCCCGGCAAGGAACUGAAAGAUAUUACAGCUCACAUGUCCCCGGCCUAGAUCUCUCUCCUCUCGAGCUCCCCACGUAGCAUGCAUUGAACAGCUGCCGCUCAAGGAACAACAUCUAGUUGUAGUAGACUAGUCUAGUAGUGAGCGAGUAAGUGAGUGAGAGAGAGAGAGAGAGAGAGAGAGAGAGAGAGAGCAGAAGAAGCAACCAAGAAAAGAAGAAGGCAGAAGGAGGAGGAGAGCGCGCAAAUGGAGCAGCAGCAGCAGCAGGAGCGGGCGCGGGAGGUGUACCGCGAGUGCAUGCGCAACCACGCGGCGAAGCUGGGCACCUACGCCUCCGACGGCUGCUGCGAGUACACCCCCGACGACGCCCACCCCGCCGCAAUGCUCUGCGCAGCCUGCGGCUGCCACCGCAACUUCCACCGGAAGGCGUUCCUCGACGCCGUUGCGGGGGCGACCGGCGCUGCCAGCCCGCACGCGCCGCCAAUGCUGCCCUCCCCCGGUGCGCCGCCGGGCUACGGCAUGCACAUGGCGAUGGCUUCUGGCAUGGGCAGCGGCGACGGCGGCGCGCACUGCGGCCUCGGCUCCGGGAGCAGGCGGCGGACGCGGACCAAGUUCACGGAGGAGCAGAAGGCGCGCAUGGCGCGUUUCGCGGAGCGGCUGGGGUGGCGGAUGCCCAAGCGGGAGCCCGGCCGCGCGCCAGGGGACGACGACGUGGCGCGCUUCUGCCGGGAGAUCGGGGUCACCAGGCAGGUCUUCAAGGUCUGGAUGCACAACCACAAGGCCGGCGGCGCCAGCGGGGGCGUCGGCGGAGGAGGCGCCGCUCAGACAUCGUCAUCGACGACGCGUGGCGAUGGAGGUGGAGGUCACGGAGGGAGCAUGUCGCCAGCGAUGGGCGGCGACGGCGAGGACGACGAGGAGGUGAGGGGCAGCGAGAUGUGCAUGUAGCCGCAGUACGUACGUGGCGCGCGGUGGCAUGGCUAGGCUGGGAUCGAUGCAUGGAUGAUUAACCCCUCCUUUGCUGCUAAUCUCUUUUGGUAAUUUUACUUCGAUGAGUUUAUGAUUCUUGAUGAUGAGAGAUUGAUUGUUUUAACGCCUGUGCUAAUGCUGUGUU